CUGCCUUUCUCUCUGCCCGAGACCCCCUCUCUCACACUGGACUUGAUAUAGAGCGGUGAGGAGCAGAAGGAGUUGGCUGGCAGGAAGAGACAGGAGAGGCAGGAGGGCUACAAAAAAAAAAUAAAAGGAGUUCACAGUCCUGGAAAGAAAAAGAGAAUGCCUGGAAGAGACAGCGACUCCCACAAUGCCCUGAAGGUGUUCAGCUUCAGUUGAGGAUGGCGGGAGAUUCCAGAGUCCUCAUGGACCACAACAUAGAGAUAGGUGUCACACCUGCACAGGUGAAGAAGCUUCCCAAACACUUACGGGAAGCCCAGAUCUCGACAGAGAGAACGCACUUGAUAUCCGACCCGGCCAAGAAGCCACGUCAGCGCUACGUGCAAAAGGACGGCAAGUGCAACGUCCACCAUGGAAACGUGCAAGAGACCUACAGAUACCUCAGUGACUUGUUCACAACACUAGUCGACCUCCGCUGGCGUCUUAGUCUCUUUAUUUUCACCCUGGUGUACGUCGUCAACUGGCUUUUCUUUGGAUUUCUGUGGUGGCUGAUUGCGCUCAUCCGUGGGGAUCUCGUGCAUGCAGAUGAAGAGGGCUGGACCCCCUGCGUGGAAAACCUGAACAGUUUUGUCUCGGCCUUCCUUUUCUCUAUUGAGACAGAGACCACAAUCGGUUACGGUUAUCGUGUUAUCACGGAAAAAUGCCCUGAAGGCAUCGUUCUGCUUUUGGUGCAGGCCAUACUGGGUUCCAUUGUCAAUGCCAUGAUGGUGGGCUGCAUGUUCGUCAAGAUCUCACAGCCAAAGAACCGCGCCGAGACCCUCAUGUUCUCGCACAACGCCGUCAUAUCGGUGCGAGACAACAAGAUGUGCCUGAUGUUUCGGGUGGGAGACCUGAGGAAUUCUCACAUUGUGGAAGCCUCCAUCCGAGCAAAGCUGAUCCGCUCGCAGCAGACAAAGGAGGGGGAGUUCAUCCCGCUCAACCAAACGGACAUAAACAUCGGCUUCGACACAGGGGACGACCGACUGUUCCUGGUGUCGCCGCUCAUCAUCUCACAUGAGAUCAACGAGAAGAGUCCUUUCUGGGAAAUGUCCCUGGCACAAAUGGAGAAGGAGGAGUUUGAGAUCGUGGUUAUCCUGGAGGGCAUGGUGGAGGCCACAGGGAUGACCUGUCAAGCAAGAAGCUCCUAUCUGGACACAGAAGUGCUUUGGGGCUACCGCUUCACGCCCGUUCUCUCCCUGGAGAAGGGCUUCUAUGAGGUCGACUACAACAACUUCCACGACGUCUACGAGACCAACACCCCCACCUGCAGCGCCAAGGAGAUGGCCGCCAAGCUCCGGGAAGGGCCGCUAUUGCCUCAGCUGUCAUUGCUCAGCCCGGAACCAAAAAUGCAUACUUUUGACCCUCUAAACCGCCUGUCCGACUUGGACCCACUGAGCCAGGAUGAGGACAAGGAGGAGAGGGAAUCAGGAGGAGGUAGAGGAGAGACCAAUGGCUCAGCGGCUGCUUUGGAGGAGACGCCCUUUGCUGAUGGACUACCUGACUGAUUAACCAUUAAUGGCCAGUUUGCUCCAUUGCAAGGACACUUUCAUGCAAUACUCCUCUACUAGAGUGUCAAUCUAUAGUAUAGAUUGUUUUUAGACACUGUACUGUACUGUAAGUACCGACACACAUACGUACAGCAUCUAUAUCUUCACUUCAAAGUUGGUGGUGCCGAUUGUCUUUUUAUAAUCCUAUUAUCGUGUCCACUUACUACAAUUGCAGUUGUGUGAGGGAAACUCCAUCUGAAGACUACAGGUUACCGAGCACAUUAUGGAUACACCGUUGCUCUGAUUUUUAAGAGUAUUGAUUCAUCUCAGCACAGCUAAUGUGUCUGACAGACAGCUUCUCUGCAGUGAUGGAAAAUUGUUUCCCGUCUCUGUUCCAUACUCUGCUUCCUCUUCACUGGAAUAUGUAAGGCUAAUAGUUUGCUCAUAGGAAAACAUAGGAAGCCAUCCAAAUGCAACCGAUAUGCAGUUUUCUUUUUCAAAUCCCUGUCUUUAGUAUAGCGUAUAUUGUCAUGUAUGUGUGACUAAUUGUCUCUCUCGCACACACUGGGAGCUUUGCCCCAAAAUAAGCCAGCUUGUACCUCAUUCUAUGCUCAUUUUCAGGGUAAUUAGCUGCAACACAGGCUGGUAAAAGAAGACAAUGCAACUGAGUGACUGAUUUUAUUUUCUCCCCCGCGAUUGUGAAGUGUCAUUUACUUAAAAGCGGCGGUGGUAAAUUAUAAGUGGACAGCGGUUAACAUGCACUUGUUAAUUGACAUAGACUAAAUCCAUGCCAAUUAAUGUAUAUGUUCUGGAAGCUAACAUUGUCUGUAGCAUAAACAUUAUGUCUUCAUUAUGUCUCGUUGUAGUCAUGUUGUAGACAUCAAGUCAUGGGCAUUUGACUCCUUUUCUUGUUUUAUUCAUGGGAAAAUGGAUUAAUCAACCCCCAUUCUCCAUGAACCAACAAACAGCCUGCUCACUAACGAACAGACCGUUGCAGAAAACGACACCUCCAGUGAUGGCCUCGACCAGACCAAAGGUUUUCAAAGUGUGGUGCAGCAAGAAUCCCCUCAGAGAAUAUGAUACAAUUGGUCUCCGCCAACGGCAUGAAAAACAGAUUUUCUGGAGCAUACAUUGUGGGGGUUUCUGCUUACCCCAGACUGUUUUAUUCACUCUCACUGUGGGAAGUAAAAAUCAAUUAAUUUUGCCUUUAACCAUAACUGAAGUUCGCUCAGCAGGUUUGAAAAAUAUUGUUUUUUUGUUUUUUUUCUGCCGCCCUUGAAAUCUACUGGUACUUUGAAAACCCCUGGCCUUGACAUACAGCACAGCGUAUGGCACGUUCUCCAACCCACUGACUAACAGUUGAGGCGCACUCGUUGUUUAAUCACCACCACAUCAUAAAUCAUGAAAAAUAGUGCACUCCCAAAAGAAACAUUCAUGUCAGCGAUAAGCAUGAUGAUUUGGACAAUUUUUAGAUAUCAAUACAUAACUUCACAUUUUAUUCACCUGGUGUAAUUUAGCUCCAUAACUAUAACCGAGCGUCUUGCUUUGCAGCUGCUGUGUGUUAGAAGCAAAACAGAAGGCGUUCAAGGAGCUUCCCCUGCUAAUUAACACGCAUGUUGGCGGCAGACACAAAAAGUAACAAUUGUUUUGGAUGGAUGUAAUGGACUUCGUCAAUAUUAUCGGUGUAGCAGAAACAGCAUGAAUGCAUAAUGAAAUGAUUUUACUGGGUGCAAUUUCAGUUAAUAUCAGAGCGGCUCAAAACCAUUAUAUUCCUGUCAGGUUUUUGCAUCCCCAAAAUCAAAAUUAUACCAAAUGUUAACCAAAAUUCAAUUUAACGUCACUAUACCUCAAUAUUGUAAACAUUACAACCAUAGAAUUUCAAUUUCACCAAAUAAUUUUAAAAUAUACACAAAAUCCAAGCUCUUUGUAAAGAUCUCUGCAGGUUCGGAGAACGUGUCGUCUGACAAUGACACAGGCACUACCAAUAACAACGCCACUGCCCACUCAAAUUAAGAUUAACGUCCAAUUGUCCACAUAUUGUUGCUUGAAUCCCCCCUCCCAGUGAAUAAAACGGUACUGUGUCUUUCAGUACUACAUUACAAUGAGAUGGUGGUAGUUUGAUCCAUGCAGAUCAAACUACUCACCAAGCUACUGCUGCUGGCUGAUGCAUGUUGUGGCUCGAUUUUAUACGAAAUGUAUUUUUCAAAUGGUCUACAAAAUGUUAGAUGAGACACACGAUGACAAUGAAAUACUCCAUGUAUAUUUAUUCCGAACGAUGCAACUGUUGAUGAUCAGAUCUUGUGUCGAUCGUCUGGAAUAUUUGCCUUUUUCAUCAUGACCCCCUCCGGUCCUUACCCUAUUACUUGAAGUGUUCUUUGUCUUUCCACAUUUUCGGUCUCUUCACUUGUUUCCUCCCUUGUCUUCUGUUAAAAACGGCCCUUGUGGCGGGUUAUGGAGACGGACAGUAACAAUUGACUGACUUGAUGCGAGACUGCCUGCAUGAGGUGACCCCUAUACGUCCUCUACUUCGGAAUAUGUUUAAUACAGCGAUAUUAUUAGAUACAGGGUAUUUUCUAGGCAUGCAAAUCGAAAACAAUUUCUACAAUAUAAAAAUACAUGAUUUUCAUAUCCAGCUUUCAUUUAUCAAAAGAAAUGAUAGAUCCGCAGUCAUCUUUGAAUCCUUCUAAUGCACCAUUCUAUUUUACAGAUGCUUGUCCAAUCAAUUCACUUAUUUUCACUGUGACAUUAUUGCCUCAGAUUAUGUAUUCCAUCUGCUAGGUUUGUUGUUAGAGAGUGCUCAUCUUUCAUUGCAGGAAUGUCAUCUGUUUUAUGUGUGUUCUCAUGGGAAUAAACAUAAUACGGCCAAAAGAACAACAUGUUCUGUGUUCAUCCAUCAGCGAGCAUUUUUAUUUUUUUUUGCAGAUAAUUAUGCAAACAAGGACUAGAAAUGACCUUAAUUUAAAAGAGCAUGACAUAGCAUUGUGGUGUAACAAAUUGACAAGGCUAUGGGUGAGCUCUAGAUACCUGAAAACUGGAUUAGCAGUGCAUGGCAAGAUCAGUACAGCACUAUCUUGUCUUGAGGCAAAAACCUCAUGCAGUAAAUGCUUUGGGGAAGUAAUAUGUGUGAUAAGAUCAACAACACUGUCUCCCACUCUCUUGUAUUUCAUUUUUUUGUUAAAUGCAUGCUGGAGAAAAGUGGAUACAUUUCAGAAGGAACAUUAUCUGUGUUCCUUUCUGAAGGCUAACAGUCACAUGGAUUCUGAAGGAUUAAAAACAGAAGUCGACGCAGAAUUCAGCAGCAUCCCUGAGUCAGCUUUGUGUGCUAUGCAAAUGACUUUUACACCAGGGAUGGGCGAUAUGGCCUAAAAUCCUUACUGCAAUAUACACUGCUGAUCAAAAUUUUAAAAUAAUUUACAUUUCGCACUGUUGGAUCUUACGGGGGUUCUAAGUAGAGCUUCAAAAUGCAAAAAGAAUAAGUGGGAGUGAGACAAAAAAAUGUUUUGAGUAAGCAAUUUAUUGCAAACAAGCAUUAAAGUGAAACAGGCUGUUCCAUCAGCUGAUCACAAGUUUAAGACCAUAACUCAAAAAAACCAAAAGAACAAACCCAUUUAAAGUAGAAAUUAAAUGUACAAAAAAUGACAGUCAUGAUUAGCUGCGCCAUUCUUGUUAAUCACCUCAAAAAUUGGUAAGGGUAUGACAGUGUUUCCAGGAGGCUAGUAGGAAUAUUACUCCAGGUGCUGAUGAUGGCUUCACGGAGGGCAUCCACUGCCUGGAACUGAUGUCCAUUUGUUAACUUUCCUUGCCAUCCAUCCCCAAAUGUUCUCAGUUGGGUUUAGAUCAGGGGAACACCCAGGCUGGUCCAAAAGAGUGAGCUUGUUUCUCUGGGAAAAAGUCCAUUGUCCGGCGAACUGCAGCAUCGUCCUGUUGAAAAAGCCAGUCGUUACCACACAGACGAGGACCUUCAGUCAUGAGAAAUGCCCCCUGCAAUAUCUCCACAUAGCCAGCUGCUGACGCCCCUGCACAACCUGAAGCUCCAUUGUUCCACUGAAGGAAAAAGCACCCCAGAUCGUGAUGGUGUCCCCUCCACUGUGCCGUGUGGAAAACCUCUCAGGUGGGAUCUCCUUGUCAUCCCAGUAAUGUUGGAAGCCAUCAGGACCAUUAGGGUUACAUUUUUUCCUCACCCGUCAAUGUCCCAUGUUUGGUACUCUUGUGCAAACUCCAAAACGAGCAAUUUUGUGGCGUUGAAGGAGACAAGGCCUUGAAGAUGCUUUUUGUUAAAACCCUUCUCGCAGAUGCUGUCUGAUGGUUGUUGGUGUGAACUCGGCGCCAGUAACAACCUUCAUUUGGGCCGAGGAUCGUCCUGUGUCUUGACGGACAGUCAAUCGGAUCCUCGGACUCAGGGCCCAUAACAUUGUUUUGGGUCGACCACUUGACUUUUUUGUUCAAUAACACUUAAGAUCUUUUAAGUCUUACUGUGUCCAGCCUCAGCAGCAAUGGAGUGCUGCGAGAGGCCUUGUUUAUGCAGCUCAACAACCCGGCCGCGUUCAGAGAGAGAAAGCUUUUUUCCCUUUGCCAUGACGAGAUCAUGACGGUGUAAAUACCUGACAGAAAAUGGCACAUUUUUGCCAAGAUUCUGGCUUUUAAAGGCUUCAGUCUUAGACUUUUGAUCACCAGAUGAACAUUUCUUCUUUUUGCAUUUUGAAGCUGUACGUAGGACCUCCUUAAGAUUCAACAGUGCAAAAUGUAAAUUCUUGCAAUUUUUCAACUGGUCUUAAAAUUUUGGUCAGGAGUGUAUAUCACAACAUUUUCAUCAGCUGUGAGCAUAUCUACUCGAUCAAACAUGGCGGAAAUGUCCGUGACAGCCAAUCAGAGUUGAUCUUUUCCUGAACCACCUGAGUUUACAAGUUGCCGGAGAAGUAAACAUCAUGACCAGACGUGGAGCUAAAAGCAGAGGUGAGGGCAGUGAAAUAGAUCAGCUGUGACUUGGAGUUGUCCUCCGAAGAUGAGGGUAUUGUUGAGGAUACUCAGCGUCGGUUGUGUGACGCUGGUUUGUGUUUCUCCAAAGUCACGUGGAGCAAAUCAAGCCGAUGUGCAACGUAUAUGUCAGCGGUCGGUGCGCUCAAAAACCGGCAACACAAACUUGUUUAAUAAUUUGAAGAAAUACCGCUUAAGUGGUUACACAAAAAGUGAAAAUGGGAGCGGAGUCUGCCACUGCUGCUAGCAUCCGUAGUAGCAGUUCAGACUCUCCUGGUGGUACGGCCACUGGACCAAGGCAGCAAUCAAAAAUGUUAAAUAACCUUUAGUUUCUUGAGCUUUUAGUACAAAUGCUUUCAAACUGUCAAGCUCAAAAUGACAUAUAAAAUCGUGAUUGGAUGAUAUGAAAAAAAAUAUAUCCUGAUAAUUUUUUGUUUGCCACAAAAUAGCCAGCAACAUUUGGUGCUGUACACAUAUUUUCCCCCAAAUAAAGCAAUGAAUUAUUGGAAUACAGAAAACACUUCCAGUAUACAAAGGCACACAUACUUCUAAAAGCAAUUAUUUCAAGUUUUAAGGGUUCUUUCCAAUAGUGCCAUGCCGUAGACAGUAAAAAGUGCAAUACAGUGAAGAAGUCAGUAUCAUUUUGAGGUGGUAAAGCUCAAAGUUGUAUUUGCCAGCUGGAAUUGCUGCCCCACACACCGAUUUCUGCUGAUUGUCAGACGGCUUAAACACGAACCAAGUCCAAUAUUGUACUGGCCUUUUCCACCAGCUCUGUUCCCUUUCAGCCUGUUUGCUUGCAGCUUGUUGAUGUCAAUAUUGCUGGUCGCGGCAAACGUCACUUCUAUCGCUCAUUACCAGUUUACACAAAAACGUCAAAGCAUGCCCUGCCACAUAGCUACUACCUAGCGACAGAGGAGGCGCGAGGAGGACUUUUAACGAGCACACUAGUCAGAAAAAAGGAACACGAUAUUACAUUUGAUGGGGAGAGGAGGGGAGGGUCGGUGUCGUCCAAAUUCGCAUAAUCACAGCACUAUGGUGUCAAGGCUAUUUCUGUCUGAGCUAUUACAUUCGGAAGGCAGAUCGUCAGCAAGAUGGCAGUCCCUGAUUCAAAAUUGAAUAAUGCACGAUGGUAAUAUAAUGCAUCUGAUGAAUGACAUGUUGAGAUUGGUACCCGUGGCAGGUGCAAGAGGGUGUUCGUGUGGAGUGUUGUGCAAGAGAGACAUGAUGGGUUACGAUACAGUGGGGGGGAAAUAAUUAUUUCAUCCUUGCCGAUUUUGUACGUGGACAUGAACAGUCCAUAACUUUUUUAAGCACGUUUAUUUUAACAGACAGACAGAAUUUAAACAAAAGAACCAGAUUUGCCUUUCCCUCUACACCUUUUCAACAGGACUAAGGUCUGGAGACUAGGUCAUGCAAGGAUCUUAACGUGCUUAUUCUUGAACCAUUCCUUGGUCGCCUUGGCAACCCAUCCACACCCAUCAUCCAAGAUUCAGCACAUGGGCCCCAUUGGUCGGCCCCUCAAUGCGGUCAAGUCUUCCUGGACCCUGAGCAGAGAAAGGACAAUGUCUCCACCUCCAUGUUUCACCACCUCCUCCUAGCAUGGAGAGUGGCGUUGCUGCCAAAAACAUCAUCUGGUCACAUUAUACUGUCCCAUCGUUGAGGUUUUCAUUGGCCAACUUUACACAGACUUGUGCGUUGAGCAGAGGGACCUUGUGGGUACAGCGGGAUCUCAGUCCAUUACGGCAAAGUGUGUUCUAAUAAUUAUUUCCCCGAAGUGUCCGUUCCAGAGAAUCACAAACACAGACGCUUCUGGGUUAGUUUACUUGCUCUUAAGGAGUGGUGGCGCAGUAGGGAGGAACAGCGCUGAUAGUUAGCAAUGAGCUCUAAGGGCAAGGUCUUAGCCUGGAUGUAAGAGAUAAUUAAGUGGGGCCCUGGAGCGGUUGCAAUUUGCAUCUCCCCUGUGCCUCCUGACCUUGGUCCCAACACUAAUAGGGAGGGACGGCUAACACUGUGUCAAGCAGUUGCUGUAUAUAUAAAAUGCACUGCAGCAUUAGUUAAUGGUUAUCAGUCGAUCAGUUGUACUGUUUGUUUUCGAUCUACAGAGGGGGUGCUGUCAUGUUUGCAUGAAUAAAAUAUUGCGUCAUGCUGUGCUGUAGAUGUUAUUUGCUCGUGAGGAAAGCACACCCAUACAAACCCUUACAAAAGUAUAACACUGAGCCAUUGUUCUCUCGCUCUCUCUCCAUUGCUAGUUAAUACACGAGUCUUCUGCUUUAAAUAAUGCAUGCAUGUGGAAAAAGAUGGAAGCGCAUGAAGCCAUUAACAUGUGUAGUCGGAAUAAAACAGCUGCAGAAGAGAAAGACAAUACUUGCCGGAGGAUUACGGCUGCACAACGGAAAAAGCGCGAGCUGUCACACCAAGAUAUGAACCAUUUUCUAAUGUGUUAUAUUUGACCUAACCUUUUACAUGCUUGCGGAAUUGUGCGGCCCUAAACAGGGUUGUUUGUUUUCUUCUUUGCCUCUUCUGUUCAUUAUUGCCAAGGAACUGACUUUGCUGUGCCUAAUUUUCUCACAGCUACAAGAAUUCCCCUCCUACUUUAACUUCCUUGUAUGACAAAGAUGCAUUUAAACUGCACCAUCAUCACAUGCAGCCCCAUGCAAAAAGCCCUCAAGAGCUUCCUGGAAAGUAUUUUCUCUCCAACAAAAGAGGCACUGUAAGCCUCGGGAAUCGAAAGUGAACAUGAUUGUAAAGCUCGGGUGUAAAAGCAGCUUCAGACAGAGCCGACCAAUCAGGAGAGGUGCUAAGGUGAUGCAAUUUAAGACAACAUUCAAAAAGGGAGAAAAUAUGCUCACAACACCACAAGUGGGACUACCCUCACAGAUAAAGAGUGCUAUUUUUUCCCGCUGCAAGAUAGAAAAUAUAGCAACAUGCAAUCUCACCACAUUAUGAAACACGGUGCCUUGCACACAGAUCAAACAGUGGCUGCUAUAAAGAGAGAGUCGUGACUAAAAGCUUCAGAAGACAAACCUUUGCCUUCAUCAUGGAAGCAAACAGAGCUUUUUGCCUUUGAUGGCAGUUUCUAUCGCCUCAGAGUGCAUCUUUCCAAAUUUCAGCUGCUGAGUAGCACAGAUGAAAACAACCAUUUCCCAGAACAGACACUUUGCAGACUCCUAAUUCUGACUUGGUAAACAUGAUGAGAUUCACCAUUUCUCUACUGCGUGCACUGUUAAACGUGUGCCUCAUCUUGGCCUCCUGUAAUAUACCAGUGAUUGAAGAAACUACUGAUUUACUGUUUCACUUUAAAUUCUGUCUACGUAGGUGGAUAACAGAAUAUAAUCAAAAUCAUAAAUGGGAGGAAACAGGAAACCACAUAUAUAUAAAAAAAAAAGCAAUGUAAAGUCUGUAUUAAAUGCUGUGCUUUUAAAGAUAAUUGUUUUUUUUUUUUUGGUAUUAAUCAGGGAUGCCGAUACCGGUGCUGAUAACUUCCUGCUUCUCAAGACCGAUACAGAUGACCAAUAGCUUAUUUACAGAAUAUCUAUUAGCUUUUUCACUGUAGAGUUACCUGUAGUUUGUGCACAAACAAAUUUUGACAAAUUGUACCUAUAUUUGUCCUAUGCAAGUACUACUAACACAACGUUUAAAAAAAAAAAUUGCGGCAGCUCAGAAGAACAAACUGUGGCUCAAAGGGGUUUACCAGUUGACAAAAGCCAGAAUCUUCCAUGAUGGUAAAAAUUACAGACCGCUUAAGCCCUCGUGUGUCUCUGUUUGCACUUUUCUAACACAGCGGCGAUAGGAACAAGCCCCGGGCCCCAGGUGUCGUAGCAAUGCUGGCGUUUCAGAUUGGUGAUAAGCUUUGAUUUGUUGACGUUUGCUGUUUUUUUUCACCCUCAUUAUGGAAUUUGGCUAAAUGUCUUCCUCUGAAACUGAAGAAGUCCCAUACGACGGCAAGUUUGUUUACAAGUGAGCUCAGGGGAAGUUACGACAGGCCGUUUGCACCACGUCACAAAAAAUGAGCACUUGAUUUACUCAAGAAUUGUCAGAAAUGGGAUAUGGAAGAACUGAUUAAAUGAUGGGGGUGAUCCGGAUCACCGUCUGGAUCCAGAAAUUGUUUAAAGUAUUCUUUAACAUUGAGAUUUUUUGGCAUUUGUGCAUAUAACUCCACAAAAAAUGGUCAGAGCACUUGGGGGAAAAAAAUGCAGGACAAUGCAACAUAUUUAAUGUAAAUAUGUUAAUGCAAAUGUUAGCACAAUAUAAAGGCCAGGGAAUUACAAAGAAGACCAGGUUCGGCUACUGAGGGCAGGAGCAGUAGCUGACAAAAUAAAAAAUUAAGUUUGCGUGUGAAUUAUAUUGAAAAUAAAGUGUACAAAAAAAAAUAUUUACAAUACUGCAGAUUUUUUUCAAAGUAUUGGUACCAGAAUUUCUUUUGACUACUGUGCACAGUAACGUAAAUAUUAAACAAUUCAAUCUCUCAAUUUCCAGCAUACUGCCACAAAGGAAAAAAAACAGUCCAGUUCUCCAGUUCCCGAUGGAUAAUUGGACCCAGUGAAUUAGUCACACAGUUGUGUGAGAAUUAAUGUAUUGGGAGGCAGUCUACAAAAUGUUCUACUUAGACUGAUACAGACAAUGGAAUCAUUCCGCAUACGAUGAUCCAGAAUAUGAAAAAAUAGGGGACCUUUGGAAUUUUAAUCAUGAGGAAGACAACAAAUUAAGCUCUAAACAUGCAUCAAACACCAUUAUAUACUGUAUAACCAAGACACUGUGGAAUCUGGAGUGUUCCAACGGAUGCGUUGUAUCUUCAAAUGCUACUAUGCUACUCCAGAAGCUACUAGAUUCACAAGAAACCUGCCAUUACGGAAAAUGCUAUUUUUGUGAAUAACCACUGAACUAAUAUUGACAUCGUUAUCAAUCCAAUUGCUAAUGGUAUGUUUUUAUGGUCAAGGAAUCUAAAUAUGUUGAUAAA